UCGCUGGAAUUAAAAUUGAAAAUAUUAGGCGAUCAUAAUUUAGAUGUUGCUGCCUCCUAUUAUAACUUAGGCAAUAUUUAUCAAAGGCAAAAGAUUUAUGAUAAAGCUGUCUCCAUGCACCAGAAAGCCUUAGAUAUUCGUUUGACUCUAAGAGGACGUAAUCAUACUGAUGUUGCUAAUUCAUACGAUCUUAUAGGAAAUGCUUACCGCCGUCAAAAUAAACACAUCGAUGCUUUGUUAAUGUAUCAGAAUGCUCUAACUAUAAGACAGGAAUUACUUGGAGAGUAUCAUGCUGAUGUCGCCGAUUCAUACAACAAUAUGGGAAACGCCUAUAAGAAUCAAUCUAUGUACGAUAAUGCCCUGUCUACUUAUCAGAAAGCUUUGGAAAUUUAUAUGAAAAUAAGUGGAGAAAACAUACCAGAAGUGGCUUUAUUAUAUCGUAACAUGGCCAAUGUCUACGAGAAACAGGAUAAUACUAAUGAUGCUGCAGCAAUGCACAAAAAAUUGACUGCUGUAAAGGAG